AGCUGCACUGCGCGCGAGUCCCCCUCGCGCCCUUUCUUGCUUCUUCGCACUCGCGCUUGCCGAGUCCAGGCGCUCUCCCCUCGUCUCCAGUGCUCGCUGGACAGCGGUUGAAUAGGCCCCAAGAAAAACAAUAGCUGCGUAUACUCCUGCUGAGGUCCCAUUCUAUACAUUUUAAGAUGGCGGAAGCCCAUCAAGCAGUUGCGUUUCAGUUUACUGUAACACCAGAUGGAAUCGAUUUGCGCAUGAGCCAUGAAGCGCUCAGGCAGAUCUAUCUGUCUGGUCUCUAUUCCUGGAAGAAGAAGUUCAUCAGAUUCAAGAAUGGCAUAAUCACAGGAGUCUAUCCUGCUAGCCCGUCCAGUUGGCUUAUUGUCGUAGUAGGAGUAAUGUCAACAAUGUAUGCGAAAAUAGAUCCUUCACUGGGAUUAAUAGCUAAAAUCAACCAGACCCUGGAUACAACUGGCUAUAUGUCCAACCAAACGCAGAAUAUUGUCAGUGGGAUUCUGUUUGGGACAGGGCUGUGGGUAACUCUUAUUUUCUCAAUGCGUUACUCGCUGAAGAUGCUGCUUUCGUACCAUGGUUGGAUUUUUGCAGAGCAUGGAAAACUUUCUACAGGAACCAAGAUAUGGAUGGCACUUGUGAAACUUUUCUCUGGUUGUAAACCAAUGCUGUAUAGCUUUCAGACCUCCUUACCGCGUCUUCCUGUUCCAGCUGUUAAGGAUACCGUAAAUAGGUAUUUAGAAUCCGUUCAUCCACUUAUGAACAAUGAAGAAUUUAAAAGAAUGGAAGGUCUUGGCAAAGAUUUUGCUGUAAAUCUGGGACCAAAGCUACAGUGGUAUCUGAAGUUAAAGUCUUGGUGGGCUACAAACUAUGUUAGUGAUUGGUGGGAAGAAUACAUUUAUCUUCGAGGACGUGGGCCUAUUAUGGUAAACAGUAAUUACUUUGCAAUGGAUUUGCUGUAUUCUACUCCAACUGCUGUGCAGGCAGCUAGAGCUGGCAAUGUUAUCCAUGCUAUCUUGCUAUAUAGAAGAAAACUGGACAGACAACAAAUCCAGCCAAUUCUUCUGAUGGGAUCCACUGUUCCACUCUGCUCAGCUCAAUGGGAGAGGAUGUUUAAUACCUCCCGUAUUCCAGGAAAUGAAACAGACACAAUCCAGCAUUUGAAGGACAGCAAACAUAUUGCUGUAUAUCACAAGGGAUGCUAUUACAAAGUGUGGUUGUACUAUGAUGGCAGACUACUAAAACCCAGGGAGAUUGAACAGCAGAUACAAUGGAUUCUAAAUGACAAAUCUGAGCCACAGCCAGGUGAAGAGAAGUUAGCAGCUCUUACUGCUGGAGACAGAGUUCCUUGGGCUAAAGCUCGCCAAACGUAUUUUGCAAGGGGAAAGAACAAGCAGUCAUUGGAUGCGAUUGAAAAGGCUGCUUUCUUUGUUACUUUGGACGAUACUGUUCAAGGUUACAGAGAAGAGGACCCAGUGACAUCAAUGGAUGCCUACGCAAAGGCACUUCUACAUGGCAAAUGCUAUGACAGGUGGUUUGACAAGUCAUUUACUCUCAUAGUGUUCAGAAAUGGUAAAAUGGGCCUGAACUCUGAACACUCUUGGGCAGAUGCCCCAAUUGUCGGACAUCUUUGGGAGAAUGCCAUGUAUUCUGACUGUCUUGAAUUGGGAUACGCAGAAGACGGGCAUUGCAAAGGAGAGACCACGUUAGGCAUUCCUAUGCCUACCAGACUGCAGUGGGAAAUCCCUGAAGAGUGCCAAGAAGUGAUUGAAAAGUCUCUUGACAUUGCAAGACCAUUAGCAGAGGAUGUGGAUUUUCACUCUUUUCCUUUCGAUGCAUUUGGGAAAGGGUUAAUGAAGAAAACCAAAACUAGUCCCGAUGCAUUUGUGCAACUUGCUUUGCAGCUUGCUCAUUAUCGGGACAUGGGAAAAUUUUGCUUAACGUAUGAAGCAUCUAUGACCCGCUUAUUUAGAGAAGGUAGAACAGAAACAGUCCGCUCAUGUACUGUCCAGUCCUGCAAAUUUGUGCAAGCUAUGGAAGACUCAAAUGAAAGUCCUGAAAAGAAACGUCUGCUAUUCAAGGCAGCGGCUUCUAAUCAUCAGCUCUUGUAUCGUCUUGCCAUGACUGGCGCUGGCAUCGAUCGCCACCUUUUUUGUCUUUAUGUGGUCUCCAAAUACCUUGCUGUUGAAUCUCCUUUCCUCAAGGAAGUUUUGGCAGAGCCCUGGAGACUUUCAACAAGUCAAACACCUCAACAACAUAUUGACCUGAAUAAGAAUCCUGGAAUGGAGUCCAGUGGUGGAGGCUUUGGACCUGUUGCUGAUGAUGGUUAUGGUGUGUCUUACAUUAUUGUGGGUGAUAAUCUCAUCCAUUUCCAUGUAUCCAGCAAGUUUUCCUGUACUGAAACAGAUUCCCAUCGCUUUGGGAAAAACAUCAGACAAGCAUUGUGUGACAUCCGUAACUUGUUUCAUAUCGGCAAAAACUCUACUAAAUGAUUUUUCUAAUCGCAGAACUAGUUGGCUAAUGUUGUAGAUGAGAACUCUUCUGUACAGUGACUGAAAAUAAGGUAUGCUAAGUAGCAAUCCAUUCCCAGGUAUAUAAACAAGCAUUCUUGUGUGGUUUCCAAGGUCCGUCACUUCAGUUGUUCAGAAGAAUUUUCUUUUUCAUGAGAAAUGACAGUUGAGAUUUUUAUAUGCAAGGGAAUUACAAAAUGACAUUUAUUCCCAGUUUGUCUUAAUUUAACAAUUUCUUAUUUGUAUUCUAUAAAUUAAGAGAAUAUGUAUGUGUAUUCCAAUUUCAUGCUAAUAGAAAAAUAUAACUUGAAAUGUAACAGUAGCAGACAUGAAUUCAUUUAAUUGUUACUGUUUUUAUCAGAAAGUGACCAUUUAGGACAUACUCCAUAAAUAAAGAUAUUUCAUUAAGUUGAACAUUUUAAAACAUCUGGCAAAUAUAGUGAAUUGUGCUUAGUAGAGAGAAAAUACUUUGCUACUUGGAAUUAAGCCUGUGUUGUUACUUAAAAUGUCAGAUAAGGCUUUUUAUUUAUACAGGUUUAAAGCCUGUAAUUAUCUGCUAAAUUUCAAAAGCGGAAUUGCUGAAUUUGGAAAAUAAGAAUUGCUGAAUUUUCAGUAAUGCUGGGUAUAAUAUAAGCAGAUAAAAAUGAGUACAUUUCCAUGAAAAGUCUCACAAGCAAUUUUCAUUUGUAUUAAGAUAACAAAAGCUAUUUCUUAUGAGAAUAAUUUUUACACUGUUACAAAAAAA